UCACUAGUGUAAGAUGUCAUUGACGAACUUAAUUUAUGCCGGAAAAUAUACUAAUACAGGAUUAGCUUUGAUAAUAAUAGAUCUAUAUAUACUCUCCCUCAUCUUGAAUCACUUCUGCCUUCUUCUAAGUCUCUGUGUGUGUGUGUGAGAGAGAGAGAGAGAGACAGAAAAGAGAGAGAGAGAUGGAGAUUACUCAGCAAAGUCUGCUAGAGGAGUUAAUUAUGACUCCCAAGAUAGACAACAACAAUUGGAUCCCAUUCCCAAAUGAGGUCUUCCCCAAUUCUUGGAGCUUCGCCCCUUUCGAUCAUCAAACCCCAGACCAACAACACUUGCAUUCGCCAACCGUCGCAAAUUCGUCGCUUCUGCAACUCAUUUCACCAGCCGAAUUCGGACAUCCCUGCCCGUUUCUCGACGCUCUAACUCUGCCCGAAAUCAGUUCGUUUUACGACAUGGACGAUGUAGCAGCAAUGCCGCCAGUUCAAGAGGAGUACGUGGAAGAGAUGAACGGAGAAGUCGGGUUUCUGGACAACGUCGUAAACGGUUUCUUUAAGGUUGAGACCGGUCAGGUCGUCGAUACGCUUAUAAACAUGGACGAGACUGGCAAUGACAUCGGAGAGAAGAAGAGCAGAGCGAAGAAGCCAAACGGGCAGCCAUCCAAGAACCUGAUGGCGGAAAGAAGACGCCGGAAAAGGUUGAACGAUCGCCUCUCCAUGCUCCGAUCAAUCGUUCCUAAGAUCAGCAAGGUGCAGAUGGACAGAACAUCCAUACUUGGGGACACAAUAGAUUACAUGAGGGAGCUCCUUCAUAAAAUUCACAGGUUGCAAGAAGAGGGCAUGUCUGAGAAUUUGAACCACAUCAUCAAACUCACAGCAAACUCCUCCAAGGACCUAAAGCCAAAUCAAGUGCCAGUGAGAACCCCCCCAAAGUUUGAUGUAGAAAGGAGAAACAAGGACACUCGUGUGGAGGUAUGCUGUACAGCAAAACCAGGACUAUUGAUCUCAACACUCAGCACCCUGGAUGCUCUCGGACUUGAUAUUCACCAAUGUGUUAUCAGCUGUUUCAAUGAUUUCUCUUUCCAAGCUUCUUGUUAUGAGGUAGGCGAGCACCGAUCAUUUAUGAGCUCCGAAGAUGUAAAACAAGCAUUGUUUAGAAAUGCAGGCUACGGAGGAAGAUGUCUAUGAACAAUAUUAUUAGCACCGAAAAAAUAAAAUCUCGAAUUUUUGGGAGAUUUAGGAACUGGAAUGACACAUAUAUAUUAUGUAUAUAUAUGUUUUCUUAAUUUAAUUCUUAGUGAUCUAAUAAUAAAAUUUGCCACCAUUUUAUCC